AUGUCUUUUGAUUUUGAUUUAACUGCACCAUUUACACCUGAAUUUAGUACACGUGAUCAAAUAGAACAUCGACAUAAAAUUGAACCAAUACAAAUUGUUUGCCCUAAAGAAGGUGGUGGAUUUAAACUUAAUGAAAAUGGACUUAAUAGUAUACUUAAACAUAAUGCUAUACAAAAUAAAAAAAUUGUUAUUGUUGGGAUUGCUGGUGCAUUCAGAAAGGGUAAAAGUUUUUUACUUAAUUUUUUUCUUGAAUAUUUAUACUGCCUUCAAAAAGCUCAACAAAAUGAUGUUAAACUUGAAUGGUUAACAGAUGAGACACAGGUAAAUGGUUUUCAUUGGAAAACAGGAGCUAAAAGAGAUACAGUUGGUAUAUGGAUGUGGGGUGAACCUAUUAUGAUUGAAGCAAUUAAUGGUGAAAAAUAUGCAGUAGUCCUGAUGGAUACACAAGGAACAUUUGAUAAUAUAUCAACAUACAAUCAAUCAACAACAAUAUUUGCAUUAUCAACAUUAUUAAGUUCUAUACAAUGUUAUAAUUUAACUGAAAAUAUUCCUGAAGAUGCUUUACAAAAUUUAAGUUUAUUUGUUGAAUAUGGUAGAUUAGCUUUAAAAGAGUCACAAUAUGUUGGAAAACCUUUUCAAAAUUUAAAUUUUAUUAUAAGAGAUUUUAAAAAUCCAGAAGAAUUUCCAUAUGGUAUAGAAGGGGGUAGAGAGUUUCUUUCACAGGUUCUUGAAAUACAUAGUGAUUUAGAAGAGGAAUUAAAAGAUGUUAGAUUACAAUUACAAGCUUGUUUUGAUGAGAUAAAUUGUUAUCUUAUGCCACAUCCUGGACAUAAAGUAGCAGAAAGAAAUUCAUUUCGUGGACAUGUGAAAGAUAUUAGAUCAAUAUUUAAAGAAGAAGUAAAAAAGAUGGUAGAAAAUUUAUUAAAUCCACAUUCUUUAAAACCAAAAAGUGUAAAUGGUAGAGAGUUAACUUGUAAAAAGAUGAUUGAAUUUACAAAGCAAUUUGUUAAAGUUUUUGAGGGAUCAGAUAUACCACAACCAAAAAAUAUAUUAAAUGCAAAUUGUCAUUUACUUUGUAUAGAAUCAGCUCACGAAGCAAAAUUAGCAUAUUGUAGGGGAAUGAAUCGUGCAACAAUUGAUGCUAGAAUGUUAUCAGAAAAAAGAUUAUUAGAAGCACAUAUUAAAAAUGGUAUAACAGCAUUAAAUAUAUUUGAUAAAUGUCCCAAAAUUGGUAGUUCCCAAGUAAGAUCAGAAUAUUUAGCAAGAUUACAAGAAGAUAUAAAUGCUGAAUUAGAAAGGUAUAAAAAAUUAAAUGAAGAUAAAAGAGUAACAGGUUUAGCAUCAAUAGCAUUAGCAUAUGGUGAUUCAAUAUUUUUUGGUCUUGGUUUAGCUGGAUGUUCAACAAUUGCUAUUGGAGGUACAUAUUUAACAUUAACAGCUGGCAUUGUAGCAGGAGGAAUUGUUGCUAUACCAAUAACAUUUACAACAUUAUUUGGUAUUUGGUCAUAUGUAUUUAUAAAUGAAAAAAUAAAAGACUGUAAAAAUCAAAUAUCUCAGGAAUCGGAAAAUAAAAAGGAAAAAGAAAAUGAAAAAGUUGGAAAAAUAUUUAAAAGAGUAUAA